AUUUCAGCCGUUGGCUAGCGCUGGAGCCCCAGCAGACUGGAAGUCGGCGGCCGGGAGACGGUGUCUGUAUGGUACAGAACCAGUACCUUCCCAGUUCGGAUUGAAAUUCUCUUCUUGGGGACCGGCUUUAUGAUUAAGCUACAAUCUUCAAUGAGUAAGCAUAUCCCUCAGUUCUGUGGUGUUUUCGGUCACACAUUUAUGGAGUUUCUGAAGGGCAGUGGGGAUUACUGCCAGGCCCAGCACGACAUCUAUGCAGACAAGUGAACUAUUGAGAUUCGUUCUGCCACGAAGAAACGACCUGUAAGGACCUGAGGACCAGGCUGGGACUUGAGUGUUGAACUUGCGGCAGAGUGAGGGAGCACAACUCACCUGAGGAGAACACACCUGGAUGGGGUAAUCUGUGUGUGACCUGCCCUUGUUGGCCCCCCCCUCACCGGAGUCAAGAAACCCUGCUUGUUCUUUUUUUUUUUUUUAUUUCUAGUUUUAGGACAGGUUUAUUUCAUACCUUACCCUGCUCCCACACAAUCUUAAGUACCUCACUUUUUAGAUUCCAAAAAAAAAACUAUUCCUGACGUGGAGUAUAUACAUUUUUUAAAAAUCCCUAGCAUUUACUCCACCCUUUUGUUGGAUUGGUAAACAAAAAUAUCCUUUUGUAUUCGUCACUUUUUCGUUCUUGCGCAACUUUGUGUGACCAUGGCACGUAUGAACCGACCUGCCCCUGUGGAGAUCACUUACAAAAGCAUGAGGUUCCUCAUAACUCAUAACCCGACCAACGCCACCCUAAACAAGUUCAUAGAGGAGCUGAAGAAGUAUGGUGUGAGCACCGUGGUGAGAGUGUGCGAGGCCACCUAUGAUGCUGCUCUGGUAGAGAAGGAAGCUAUUCAGGUUUUGGAUUGGCCAUUUGAUGACGGAGCUCCUCCUUCUAGCCAGAUUGUUGACGAUUGGCUGAAUCUUCUGAGGGCCAAGUUUCGUGAGGAACCUGGCUGCUGUAUUGCUGUUCACUGUGUGGCUGGAUUGGGAAGAGCCCCUGUCCUGGUUGCCCUCGCCUUGAUCGAGUGUGGAAUGAAGUAUGAGGAUGCUGUCCAGUUUAUCCGGCUGAAGCGUAGAGGAGCUUUUAACAGCAAGCAGCUCCUAUACCUAGAGAAAUAUCGUCCAAAGAUGCGCCUUCGAUUCAAGGAGUCUAAUGGGCAUCGUAACAACUGCUGCAUCCAGUGAAGCAACGCAUGCUGCGCUCACCCCUCCCGCACCGAAGGAAGACACCUGGCUACAUGCAGUGCAGUUACCGUUGUUCCUCUGUUCCCUUUCUGCUGCUUGAAUGACACCUGAUGUUAACCCUCAGCUGGUGUCUGGUAUUCAUUAGCUCUUAAAAUGAUCCUACACUGAAGGCGUAGUUAGUCUUAAAUACUGAAAAAAUGACAGCUGAUUGUGUGGGAUUUGUCCAUUUUUGGUAACUUUGGCUGUCUGUUCCCAGACCUGUGAGCGUGCCUAGGUCCUCCCCAUCACGUUCCCGUCUCCAUCAGAUUAUUGGGUCAUGUGGCUUGAGGCUCAAUGUCAGUGACUCGCCUUAUGUUUUCUUGUUGGUUGUUGUCAUGAUACAGUGUCUUCCCUGUCUGUUUAGCCUUUGCUUUUGAUUGGUUGUGAAAUGAAAUGGGUCCCUGGUAUCAUCCAUGCAAAGCUGGAGCUUGUGACAGACCCAGCAGGGGUGCGAUUUCUAGGGUUGAACUGGCUUCAUGUUCUGUGACCAUCAUCAAAGUAAACAUUCCCUUCAGGUUUUUUUUCUUGCAUUUUUUAAAAAUUUGUUUUGCCAUUCCAGUCAGAUGUUUUUCCAGCAUUUUAAUACUUGUGUAGCCAUACCAGGUGUUCUAUUUUCUUAACUUUAGCACAGUACCAAUGCAGUUAAUGACAGUGUAAUGGACCUGGAGGACAGUUGGCUAAAUGUAAAAGACUGCAGAUUACCUUGACUACUAGGAUCAAAAUAUACCUGUUAAACCUAAGCCCAUGUAUGAUCAUGUUUACGUGUUUACGGCAAGCUCCAAGCAGCUCUGCAGCCAGUAACCCAAUGUGUGCUCGUCUGGUGCAAUAACUCUGAAUACUGCCAUUUUAAGACCUAGGGAACCAAGAACCUGAAACGUACUGCCCCUGACACCAUUAGAAGCAGAACCUUUGGUCCAGCAUCUGAUUUCUGCUAAGCCUGAGGUCUGUAGGGCGACAGUCUCCCUAAGGGUUACUAUUUAGGCUCUGAAUGCUGAUCAUGUGGCUUUGCCUUGAUUUUGGAUUUUAGUUAAAUAACCUCAUAUUCUGUGGCUUUCCUGACUGCAUAUGAUGAUGAUGAUGAUGAUGAUGAUGAUGAUGAUGACCGAAGGCAGCCAUUCAAAGUUUCUUGCAGUAAUAUUACUGCCCCUCCCAUAAAUUAGAUCGUGAAUGAAAGUUUUAUGGAAGAGCAUUACAGUGAACAGUUUACAAGAUGUUUAACUGAAGAAAAAAAAAUGAAAUGUGUUUGAAGGUCGUCACUCUAUUUUGAGUUUCCAUCUUUAAUCUGUGUAGGACCCUUUUAAAGGAGACUUUUUUUUUAAGGUUUUACAUGUGUAAAAAAUGUAGUGACUUAGGUGCCAAACAUUAUUUUUUAUAUAUAUGUUGUUGUAAGAACCAUUGAGCGAAGACAGGAUUGGUAGUUUCUUUUUAUGUUGGUCUUGUGAGGAAAUUUGUUGAAGGUGGUGUAACUUCACUGUGUAUAACGGUAUUUGCUUAUAACUUUAACUAAUCUUUGUUUUUAUGAGGGCUAUCCCCCCCACCCCCCCACGAGAAAUGGUGUUGCCCAAAAAUCUAUCCAUUUAUGGUUCUCUUCCAUAAAUCUACCACUUUAUACGAAACCGUAGAAGCACAUAUUUUGUUAGAUCAUCCAUAUUUAAAAAGCCUCGGACUUUACAGAAUUGCCGAAAGGUACGCAGCACGUUGUGGUUGAGUGCUGGGCCAGGUGAAUUUCAUUGGGUGGGGGUAGUGUAUUUCUAUUUGGGUCAAGAUAAAUAUGUUGCCUUUGUCUUGCUGAAAAUAUGCCCUUCAGUAAUUUUUUAAUAUGCAGAUGCUUUUCUAUUGUAGCUAGAACUCAUUGUGUAAUAAGCAUCUGAAAUGUCAUUUCUUUUGUUACAUAAAAUCUUUAACUACUGCUCUGUCUAGAAUGUGAUCAUUAUUUUGCCCUUAUUGCCUCUUGGCUUCAAACUGUACAUCAGUGUCAGUGAUAUUUUGUAUCCCUUUUUAUUUCAUCUGCAUAACUUGGAUACUUGAUAACUUAUGUAUUUGAAAUGGUGACGUAUUAAUGUUUGAUCAGCUAUUUAUACUGUAAUUGGGAAUGUGUGGUGUAGUACUGUGGGAGAAGUUAAUUGCCAGUGUUCACCAGUUUGUGAGCGCGCUUGUACAUCAAAAUAAAUACAAAAACCCA